AUGCUUCGAGAAGUAAAACCCAAGAACCCGCGCACAGCGCGGAUUCUCAAGAAGAAAGAGCCCCAGCUCAUCGAACCCCCCAAGCGCACACUGCUUUUGCACGGCACAAAAUGUCCUCAGCCACUCAGCACCGUCCUGAAGACAAUCCAUGGCUUAACGAACCCCAACUCCGUGCUUUUCCACAAAAAGAACGACAACAUCCACCCCUUUGAGAGUGUUGAAAGCAUUGAAUUCUUGGCGGACAAGAAUGAAUGUGGUAUUGUCGCCUACGGAAGCAACAAUAAAAAACGACCCAACUGCGUGACUCUUGCUCGGAUUUACAAUAAGAAAGUACUAGAGAUGUUUGAGUUAUUAUUGCUCCUACCAGGUGCGGACGAAGAAGCAAUUCCAGCACCUAAUGCGUUGAAGUUCGAGAUUGGCAUAGGGAUGAAACCCAUGAUCCUAUUUGCGGGUAGCAUAUGGGAGGAUAAUACGUCGGGAACAUAUGCUAUGAUAAAAAGCGUCUUGUUGGAUAUGUUCAAGGGAGAGGAGACUGAUAAGAUUGAUGUCGAGGGCUUGCAAUUUCUAAUGAUGGUUGCCGCCGAAGAACCCGCCGAGGCCGGUUUAUUGCCUACUAUCCAUCUACGAUGGUAUAAGAUCCACACGAAGCGAAGCGGACACAAACUCCCGCGUGUCGAGCUGAAGCAGAUAGGACCCAAGUUCGACUUCAGAAUUGGCCGUGUUCGCGAAGCGGAUCCGGAUGUCAUGAAGGAGGCAAUGAAGCAGGGCAAACGACCGAAUGAGGAAGCCAAGACGAAGAAGAACAUUUCCAUGGACUCUAUGGGUGACAAGAUUGGACGCAUACAUCUCGGAAAGCAGGAUCUGUCGAACUUGCAAACGCGAAAGAUGAAGGGUCUUAAGCGGAGGGCUGGUGUGGAUUCGGAUGACGAACUGGAGGAUGAUGAUGACGACGAAGAUGAUGAGCCGUCUCAGUACGGAUCGGAUGUGAGCGAGGAGAUUACCUUUAUCGACGAGGAUGCGCCAUCAGAUGAGGAUAUGAUGGAUGUCGAUGGAGGAGAGGGAGCAGACCAAGGGCGCUCUAAAAAGCCGAGGCUGGCAUGA